CUGGUCGGUCUUUUUGUUUGUGGAAGUCUAAUGCACUUCUUCUUCGACCUCGCUUCCUUCCGGCGACAUACUGAUCUUCCCUCCCUCUCGCGCUCUCUCUAUCCCCAGCUCAUCCUCAGGUUUUCAGCAGACGCAGGAAUUCGAAUAGUAAUCCAAGACCUUUCUGGGCUUUUCUUGGAUUUCUUUUCUUCACCUGAAGAACAGUUGCUCUCUCCCACUCACAGCAAUGUAUAAUAAUGUUGGGGCCCAGCCUGGGGUGCCAAGACCACCAACAAACAAUCAACCUAAUCCAUUUGGGAAUUCUUUUUAUGGAGCUGGUUCAGGAUUAAUCAAAGGUGGAUUGGGUGCAUAUGGAGAAAAGAUUUUAGGAUCUAGUUCUGAGUAUGUGCAAAGUAAUAUAAGUAGGUAUUUCUCUGAUCCCCAGUACUAUUUCCAAGUGAAUGACCACUAUGUAAGGAACAAAUUGAAGGUUGUUCUAUUUCCAUUCUUGCAUAGGGGACAUUGGACACGUAUAACCGAGCCAGUAGGGGGCAGGCUAUCAUAUAAACCCCCUAUUUAUGACAUCAAUGCACCAGAUCUAUACAUUCCGUUCAUGGCAUUUGGCACUUAUGUUGUUCUUGCGGGGUUGUCUUUGGGGCUUAAUGGAAAGUUUAGCCCGGAAGCUCUUAAUUGGUUGUUUGUCAAGGGUUUGCUUGGCUGGUUUAUGCAAGUCAUGUUGCUAAAAAUGUCAUUACUUUCAUUGGGAGGCGGAGAAGCACCCUUGUUGGACAUUGUGGCAUAUGCUGGGUACGCUUUCACUGGGUUAUGUUUUGCUGUUCUUGGGAAAAUUACAUGGAGAUACUCGUACUACUUUUUGAUGCCAUGGACAUGCUUAUGCAUGGGUAUUUUCUUGGUGAAGACAAUGAAGAGAGUCCUCUUUGCAGAGGUGAGGAGUUAUGAUUCAAGCAAGCAACACUAUAUGUUGCUCUUCAUUGCUUUGGCACAGUUCCCACUUUUCAUGUGGCUUGGCAACAUUACUGUUAACUGGCUUUUUUAAAACUGUGAUCUCUUUCUUGUAGUCUAAAAGAAAAACAAGAAAUCUGUAUUCAUAUAGUGCUUCUGAAUAUUGUAGAAAUUAUUGGCUUCUUCAGUUGAUUUCUCUAGUUGUUACA